AUGGAGAGAAGUGAUUCGAAUGAUGGCUUAUUCAAUGAAAAUGAUUUUGAUUUUGUGAUUCCCCCUACGCCUGAUACUGUUCCUUCACAACAUAACAGAUGUCAUCAAGAUGCAUCAUUACCCUCUUGGAAUGAUGAUGAUGCAUUUCAAUCUAACAUAUUAUUCAAUCCAAAUAAUGAGCUAGUGGGCAUCAAUCAUGAUAUUAUUGAUACAUUAGCUGAAGGUAUUAUUAUGUGGAUGGGUUUAUGUCCCCAACCAUCAAUUGCUUCAUAUUGGAAAAAAAGUGAAAUAUAUACAUCUAAAAUACCAAAAUAUAUGGCAAGAAAAAGAUUUGAAAUUAUUUUGCGCUCAUUUCAUUGUUGUAACAAUGAUCACUGUCCUCCUGGUGACCAUUUAUUUAAAAUAAGUGGAUUACUUGAUUUACUUCUAUCAAAAUAUAAAAUGGCACGUACACCAAAAGAAUCUAUGUGCAUUGACGAAUCCAUUGUUCCCUAUGUGGGUCGUCUUUCAUUUAGACAGUACAUACAGAAUAAACGACACAGAUAUAGAAUUAAGAUAUUUAAAUUAUGCAUUGAUAAUUUCUAUACUGUUGGCUUCAGGAUUUAUGCUGGUAAAGAUGCUGUUGUUGGCCAGAGAUUAUCAACAAGAAUCAUAACUGAAAUGGCAGAAGAUUACCUGGAUAUUGGUAGAACAAUGUAUACAGAUAACUGGUAUAGUAGCUAUGACUUGGCCACUGAACUAUUAAAAAGAUCAACUCUUCUAGUUGGUACUUUACGGGCAAAUAGAAAAAAUAACCCCACAGAAGUUAUAAAAAAACAAUUAAAGAGAGGAAAAGUAAUAGCUAAGUAAUGCAAUA